AGGUGGCGCGGAGAGACUGUGCGUGCGGUGGGGUGCGGUGCGGACAGCCCCCGGCCCGGCCCGAGCCCAACCGAGCCUCCGCGCCAUGCCGGCCGCCGCGCCGCCCCCGCUCCACCCCGUGGCGGGCUCCUGCUGCCCCUACGGCCACUGCCCGGGAUGCCGAGGCUUGUUUGACCACUCGUCACACAAUGCAAGCUCAAAAGUAAAAGAGAGGAAACUACAAGGGCCUUGUCCUCCUGUUGGUCAUGGAAACUAUGGAAAACCAUGUUUGAGUGGAAGCAGUCAUAGGUCCCCAUUUUUUAAUCCCCGUAAUGGUUUUCACACGAUACAUUCAGAGCACAGUCCUGUGAAGCCAAGGAUUAUUACAGUGGUGAAACCUGGUGGACACACACUCAGAAGGAUAACCUUGCUUCUCAACAGGAGAUCAGUUCAGACCUUCGAACAGCUGAUGGCUGACAUAUCAGAAGCUCUGGGAUUUCCACGCUGGAAGAAUGACCGUGUGAGAAAGCUUUACAAUCUGAGAGGCAGAGAAAUCCGAAGUGUUUCUGACUUCUUCAGGGAAGGUGAUGCAUUCAUUGCUAUGGGGAAGGAGCCCCUCACUUUGAAGAACCUGGAAGUGGUAUUACAAGAACUUUAUCCUGAAAAUCCUUAUGCUGCCAGUGCUGCCAUUCAGCAGAACAAGGAGGAGUCCCAAAAACUGAAGAGCAGGCUGUAUGACAAGGCUUCGAAAGUGGACAGUGGCUUUGAUGAGACAGAAAUUAUGAAGAAUUGCAGUGAUGGCAUGUCUCCCAAACUGGUAGCUGGACAUGAAGGAAAAAGUCAAGCCAAGACAAAGCAAGAGGAAAAAAUGAAAGCCAAAAAAAAGUGGACUAGAGAGAGCUGGAGUGGUGAACAAGGGGUGAAGCCUUCUAGAAAAACCCGAGAAAGUGAGAGGUACCUUAACCAUGAGAGGAGUCCUGAGGAGGGAUUUGAAGAGAGUUCAGAGGAGGUGUUGAGGUGUGAGAAGUGUGAACAGGAAAGGCAGGCCAGACAAAAGUUACAAAGGGAAAGGCAGGCUGAGGCCUCAUUUGAGAACAGAGACCUGGACACAGGUGCAUGUCAGAGGUACCCUGGAGAAAGAAAUGCAAAAAUGAGGCAUUGCCGAAAAUCUUCAGAAACUUGUUUGGAAGGUGAAGGAGUUGGUUGGAAAGAUAAUGGCUGUAGGAGGACAUGGAAGCCCCUGCAUAGGAAUGCUAAUGAAGGGCUGGAGAAGCAAAAAAGGGGCAUUGAGAAGGAAAGGGAUGUGGAGAAACAUGAAAUCCAUGGGAAGGAAUUAGUAAAAAUCAAGAAGAAUGCUGUAGAAGGGCUGCAACUAACUCAGGAAGUGAAGGAAGAGAAUGGAAGUAGCUGCGUAAUGAACCAAAGUGGUUGGCUAAAGAAAGACACUCCAAGGGAUGCUGAAAAACCAUCUAAAACACAUAGGGAGGGCAGAGAGGGACAAAGGGCUAAAGAGGAGGGUGCCAGAAGAGAGGGGAAUAUCAUGCGUAGAGAGAGUGACAUGACGCGACGAGAAAAAACAGGGGAGCGCAGAGCGAACAAAGAAGAAAACAGGGCUCAGGGAUUGGAAAACACAAGCCGCAGGCAUGCCAUUAAAAACAGAACUGAUGUGGAAAAACACUAUGAGAUUGGCAGAACUAUUGGGGAUGGAAACUUUGCAGUGGUGAAGGAAUGUCGCCACUGUGACUCCAAUCAGAUCUAUGCCAUGAAAAUUGUUGAUAAGUCCAAGCUGAAGGGGAAAGAGGACAUGAUGGAAAGUGAAAUUCUGAUCAUUAGGAGUCUCUCUCAUCCCAAUAUAGUAAGCUUAAUUGAAGUGUAUGAGACAGAAGCUGAGAUCUACCUAAUCCUAGAGUAUGUCCCAGGAGGGGACUUAUUUGAUGCAAUCAUAGAAAGUGUGAAGUUCACGGAGCAUGAUGCUGCUGUCAUGAUCACUGACCUGUGUGAAGCACUGGUUUAUAUUCACAGCAAGAAUAUUGUCCACAGGGACCUCAAACCAGAGAAUCUUUUGGUUCAGCAUAAUGCAGAUAAAUCUACUACACUGAAACUAGCAGACUUUGGCCUUGCAAAGCAGGUUACAAAACCCAUAUUUACUGUGUGUGGAACACCAACGUAUGUUGCCCCCGAAAUACUUGCUGAGAAGGGCUAUGGGCUCGAAGUAGAUAUGUGGGCAGCAGGUGUGAUCCUUUACAUUCUACUCUGCGGUUUUCCCCCUUUUCGGAGUCAGGAACGUGAUCAAGAAGAACUGUUUCAGAUCAUACAGCUAGGUCACUACGAGUUCCUUUCCCCAUACUGGGACAAUAUUUCUGCAGCAGCAAAAGACCUCAUAACCAGGCUGUUGAUAGUGGAUCCCCAGAAGCGCUACACAGCACGACAAGUACUUCAGCACCCUUGGAUCAGAACAGCUGGAAAAACUAACAGCAGAAAUUUGCAGAGGGAGGUGACAAUAAACAUUGAGCGUCAUUUCCGGGCCCAGCGCCGAAAGGAAGUUGCAGAUAAGGACACAUGAAAUCUCUUCAAGCUCGUUUAGUCGUCUUUUUAUUGAUUAACAAAUUAUUUAUGUUUUCUUUUCUAAAUUAAUUGGGCCUUUAGCAUAUAGCUGUUGCUGGCAAUCACCAUGCCUUUUUUUUUUGUUUGUUUUGAGAUUCUGAGGAAGAAGAGAGAUCAAAUUUGCACCCAUUUCCCUCUGUUGUUACAUAGCAGUCUCUCCAUUGACAGCAGUGGGGACUAGAUUAUUUCCUGGAGGGUAUCUAUUAUUUUUCUUUAAAUACUGAUUUGGGCUUUUACAUUAUGUAUACCUUUUAGACAACAAAUGUUUGCUUCUGUGGCUGACACUAGUGAUGACGAUGAAAUGCUUUCUCUUGUCUCUUUUCGUAUGAUACGUCUAGGAGUUUUGUGUUUAUUAAUGUUUUCAAAAUAGCUGUCUGCAUACACAUCCUGUACUAAUUCUCUAAACUGUCUUUUCAUCAAUUCUUGCUAGCAAUGGAGGAGGAGAAGGAAUAAAAAAAAGUAAAUAUAUCCUUUAGCUGUAGAAUAUGUUAAAUAAGCAGCAAGAUACUAUUUAUUAAAUUGGGAGGGGAGAAAAAUCCUUAUAGACUAAAUCAGAUAUUUUAUGAUAUCUCGCUUGGCAGCAUCUUUCAUUGGAUGUUCUCAUGGACAGGUCAAUAGACUGUACAAUGUUUCUGUUAAACUAUGGCAGUGUUGUGUAGUAUGGUAGUUUCACUUGUUUAUGAGAAGAAGUAGCAAGAUAUCAUGGCUGAUACCUUUUCAAGACUGUAACAAUAACUUUCAAAGUGCUUUUCUUCCUACUCUGGGAAGCAGGAAGUUAAGGAAUUCUAAGGGAACUUUGGUUCUUUUCCCAAAGGUGUAUUUAUGGAAUGCUAACCCAAGCAUUUUUUCAUACUGAUUUUCUUCUCAGGAGCCAUCCAUGUGCCUCUGUGACUCUUCCAUGCUGAUGGAGAAUGGAAAGCUAGGAAGCUGCUUUUGUGACUUCAGAUAUCCCUUACCUUCAAGGUUCCCCUUUCAUCAGCACGCUUCACAGCUGAAUUGCUUUUAUACACUUUUUCAGUGUAGUUUAGCAAUUGUUCGGGAUUUUUUUUUUCCUUGUUGCCUUCCCUGAGGACUCUUUCUCUUUGCUUCCAUGAGAAUGGGCAAUGGGAUGAAAUUACAUUAAAAUUCAGCUUGGGGAAAAACAACAACUUGGCUAUGGAAAGGUCUCCCAGGGGAAGUGUCAUGCAUAUGUUUUUUAUUUUUUGAUUGGAUGCAGUUUUAAAGAAAUCCUGGAGGGGAAAAAUACAGUCCUGAGAAGGGCCAUGACCUAGAAGAGCUUAUGAAUUUCAGAACUUUUGGUUAACUAAUCAAAUUCAAAAAGCACUUGAGUUGUCUGUUUUAUGAUGUUUUGUCCAUGAAUUCCAUGUGCUAGCAAAUAAUAUUGACGUUAAAAUAUCAGUGGUAUUAGCAUUGAAUUCCUAGCUUAUAGAAAUGAAUGAGGGUAUUUUACAACUGCAGAGCUGCUGCUCUGCCUGUGUAUUUCAUAAUGAGAAAUGUCAGAAGCAUUUCAGAAUCAGUAGAACAUUUUCAUAACUAUAUGAACCAGAAUAUUAUUUUUGGUGAGCGCUAAUGUUUUGUGUGAACUUUAUGAAUUACCAAAAAGUGUGGGACACUGUCAUGUUUCUGUUUCAACUUGUGACAGUUUUGCUGUAAGAAUGAUGUAUGAAGGUAGAGACAACUUGGCUCUUAAAGGAGAAUUGCACUUUCAAUCAAACUGGCUUAUUUUUAAUACAUACUGGAAUAAGAUUUGCUGUGGAGUUCAAGAAUUUCUGUAACAAACAAGUAAAAUCUUUACUGUAUGCCCAAGUAAUAUGUAUAUGAUAUGUCAUACUGUUGUCCCAAAAGCAAGAUCGUGUACCCGGUCUGCAAUACGCCAGUAUACUCACAGAGCAGAGGUAUUUAUUUCAUGUCUGUGCAGAGAUAGGUGCCAGGUGGUAAUUUCACAAACCUAGCACGCUACACAAAGAAACUAUAACAUAUUUAUCUUGUUUCAGGAUUAGAAAAAGCAGCCUAAAUUUAUGCUCAUUGGUUAGUAAUUACUACAUCAUCUGCUAUUGGUUAAACAUAUUUAAAUUAGCACGCAUGCUGCUUGAGAGGGUGUGUGGGGGUAAUUUGCAUAGUCCUUUGAGUUGGUGGUCUGAUCUCCCCCUGCCGCCUUUACCUUUUCCCCAGUUACCGCAGAUUUUUGUUGACUCGAUGCCUCUUUGGCAAUCACUCAGGUCUCAGCGCCUUCUGGGGCAGCAUGUUUCCUUUUUAUCAGUCUCUCAGUUCCUCUUCAAGGGUACAGUCCUUAGCAAAGCAAUGCAAUAUAUUUCACCCUAAAUUAAAGUAUCUAAGCAUUAACCCAAAUGAAUUUCUGUCCCUGUAAAGUGGAAAAUUCUGCUUUAUAGAUAUAAAUACCUCUGCUUUAGAGGCCCUGAGUCAGGAAGAAUUUCUCUUUUCCUGAAAAGAAUGGAUUUAAGUACUUUCCGGAGUUAAGGCUGUGUGUAAUCUCAUAUUCUAAAUGCAUUACGUGGUCUUUGAGCACUAGUAAUAACUUCUCCUUUGUUAAUUUAAGUUUAUUUUGGAUAGGAAACUGGAAAAAUAUCUUCUGACUUGCAAUAUUAUAUUUUGUAAUGAUCUUAUUUUUAAUAUAGUCAUUUAGGAAUAAAGUUUGAAGUGACAAAUAGAAUAUCAGCAAUGAAUCUGACAUUUUGGAGAUCGUGUUAUGAGUUGCCUUUUUCACCUUUAAGAACCUGUCUACAGCCUUAUUCAUAGUGCAGAAGACAGAGAAUUUGCUUUUCAUGAAUAUGAAAGUAAUUAUUUUUUCAAAGAUUUUGUUUUUCUCUCAAGUUCUCUGCUCUGGGUCCCAGACAGACUAAACAUGGACUGUGCUGUGUGCGGUCACUGCAUUGAAUCCGUAAGUACAGACACUGCUGGGGCAGCAUCGGGGGACUGGUUCGUUGAUGUUGCUAAAAGACAUGUGGCAUUAGGCCCUCCUUCUUCAGGUUGGAGGCUGAAAAAGCUUCCAGGUGCUUCUCAGGGUUUUUGCCUCUUUCUUUCUCUCUCCUACUUAGAUAUUCCUUCUUUUCUCCCAUUAUUUCCACUGUUCCUGCUCUGCCUCUGUGCUGCUUUAAGGAGUCCGGGUCCCCAAUCAUUAUGGUUUAAGUUGCUUGGAGGAAUGAGAACACAUAUGAUUUUGGUGAGCUCAGCCUCAAGCAUUGCUUGCUGAUGUUGAAAGUUAGUAAGAUUAGAGAGGACUCAGACAAAAAAAACCUGGUAAAAAUCCUUUAUUGGUCUCCAAGAUCUCCAGUGCCCCCUCAUCUCCUACUGCCUUUUCUAAAGCUUUUCUCUUCCUACUGCAUGACACUCCAACUCAAACCUGAUCUUUAUGCCCUAUAAGACAGUUUCUCAUACACAAACCAAAUUCACACUCUAGGGGUGAGGAUUUUUGCUGUUUUUGCUUCGUUUCCUGAGAUUUUUCUGAUGAUCACUGUCUCCUUCGGUUCUGGAGACAUCUUCCCCUUAUGCUUGCAUUUCUUGAUUGGUCCCUUGGUCUACAGGAAGUCUGAGGAAGCUCAAAACUAGGGAAGAUUAAAGUCUCACAAGAGAGCAAGUUCUUGCUGAUUCAUUAGGAGGAAGAAAUUUACCUCCUUGCCCUUUGUUAAAUCUUUGUGAUUUAGUCCCUCAUAUAGCCUUAUACUCCUCUGAAAGUAAAACUAGUUAUAGUGUCCUUAGCUCUUUAGAUACUAACAAUGAAGAAAGUCGGAAUGUACUACUAAGAAAAGCAAACAAAAAACCCCCAAAAGCUAAGUGCAAAGUAUGAAUUCAUAUUGCAGACCUCAAUAGAAAAGAUCCACUUACACAGGAUUUGCUAGGUCUAAGGCAACAGAAGGGAAGAAUCUGUUUCUUUCCUGAAAGCUUUUGCAAAUUAGUUGAGUAGGAAUCCUUCCAUGCCUCUUAAAAGUGUUGGUUGAUUCUUGUCUCACAACCAGAGAUUCUGACUGAGUUCUAGUUAUUCCAGGGUUAUUUCAUUACUAUCUGGUAUUGACUAUUCAAAAUUUUUUCUCUCUUUAGAAACCAGAGACCCUGACUCCAUUAUCUUUAGAAAGACUUGGCUAUUCGCUAGCUGGUUGCCGUUUUUAAGCACACUCUCAUGUUUUCAUGCCCUAACUGUAAGACUUCUCAGACUUUUGAGACACCAAGAUCCAAACAUACAGAAUUGGUUUUUCAAUAUUUCAUUUCCUAGUGACACACAUGCCUCAUAGUCAGAGUUGCUUAUUUUUUUAUUAUUACUGGGUCAGAACUUAAAAUCACAGUCAAGAGUUUCAACUACAGUAGUGACAAAAGUGGUCGCUACAGGAUAACUAGGGUCUACAUAAGGAUGUGCUAUUCCCAGGGAUCAGCCGAGGACUCCUGUGAGCAUUCUUGAAAGCCAGCGUUACUAGCUUUGCGCAUCAGAAACUUUUCUUGACUGUGUUAGGAGUUUCUGAAUAUUAAGUCCAGGCUUUUAGUGACUGCCUGUGACUGACAAGCUAAGUGAAAACUUUCUCCAGUGAUACACUUUCCACUGUCUAAAGAUAAAGCGGUCCCUGGAUGUCCUCUUCCAUUUGUCCACCAAGGUCAACUUCUUCACUUUCACGUACGCUAUUACAUUUCAUUGAUCCUAGACCUCACCUACCUAUUUUCUAACACUUAUCACCUGUCUACUGUCACCUACCUAUCUUCUUCCCUCAGAUCACUCAUUACUGAAAGAUGGUGAAAUCGUCAGAUAUUAAUAUGUUUUUCAUCAGGGCAUGCUGGACACAUAUGAAAAAAAUUAUCAGAAUUGGGAAACAGGAAUGUGGCCAGUGCAGGAAAUAAGCAACAUUUUUUGAAAGUAUUUAGGCAUCUGAAAGUGUGCAAAAGGUACUAGCAUUUCACACUGCAUAGUACUUAACUACCUUAAAACAAACAAUGAGAAUUUGGUCCCUAUCUGUACUUUAGUCACCUUAUAUUUAAAAAUGUGUGUCCAAGAGACAGAAACUUAGCAGGACAGCAGAGACUCUAUUUCCUCUGACACAGACACUAAUUUCUCUUACUCAGGGUCACCUCUUCAUCUAUGAUUUGUUUAGCUACUUUGUGGAAUAGCUGAACUCAGAAACCAUUAAAUGUGCCAUCUCAGUAUAGUGUUCUGACUGGCAUGAUAGGUGCAUCUGUUGUAUCUCAGUUAUUAUGAUUUUUGACUGUAGGGUAAAAGAGGGGUCGUGGAAUGUUAUCCACUGAACUUGAGUCUUUUGGGUUAUGAUCCUAUUGUGAAAGUGAAAUUUCUGGAGUUGACUGCUUGAUUUACUGCAAGUAUCUGGAUUUGGGGUGGUAUUCAGUCUGCUUGAGAAUAUAGUAAAUUUGCUGUGUUUAUAAACUGAUCUUCCCAAAGACAAGUAAGUAUCAGUCUGAAAUCUUCCUCCUGUCAUUUCUUCUGUUGCCUAGAUUUCUUUUAAUUUCAGCAAUCUAUGGAAAAUGCUUCUUAUGUUCCUGGGCAUGCAUUUUUCUGUCCUCUCUGAGUCCACCAGUACAACUCUUUACUGUUGACAUUCUUGCUCCUGAAAGGAAUAUGGGCACUUUAACUGGACUAACAGUGUAUAUUUGGCACUGUUUGUUCUACAAACUGUUGUUUAUUUGCAACGGAGCUGAAGGUGUCAUUUUCUAAAUUAAAAAACAUUAUAGACUUCAGCAGAGAAGUGGUUCUUCCCCCCGCCAAUAAAGGCAAACUAUAUAAUGGAUGUUAUAUUUCAAUAUUAUUUCCAAUAAAUCGAGAAACAAUUACAUGGCCAAGUAUUUUGACUUGUGGUUUGUUCCCCCCCCCCCCCGACAAUUUAUCUAUUUGGGAAAUGCUUGUUUUAAAAGGUUUGCAAUUUCAUUAUUAUUGUGUAUACCUUCAUUUACAUUUAAAAGGACUCAUUCUAAUGCUGCAGUACUUGAAAUCUUACAGAUGUAUUUUUCUUUGCUGCUGUAUG